AUGGAAAAUUGCAUAAAUCAAAAUCGUAAGAAGCUAAUAUUCAAUAAAAGGGUUAUUUUUCCAAUAGCCUUAGCAGUUCCGGGAAACGAAUUACUUCCGGAAAGAUAUUUAAAACCACGUGAUUUUAAUUAUCAUCCGUAUACGGAUGUUGGCAUACCUGCAGCGUUGAAAAAACAAUUAAAUUUAAAUAAUCCUUACGUCGUAGUUGAAAAAUUAAGAUCGAGACAAAAUCAAAAUAAUUAUGUAGACGGAGGGAUAUUGUAUUAUCCGACACAUACGUCAGCGGUGCCAACAAAACAAAUCGAAACGAACGAAAUAAACAAAUACGACACAGAUCCUGCGUCAAAUCUUCCCAAGAAUUAUGCAUUUACAUACACGGGAAAAAAUCAAUUAUCCGGAGAUGAUUUUUCACAUUCUCAAGCGCAUAACGGAAAAGCUACGAGAGGUCAAUAUAGGGUCAAAUUACCCGACGGUAGAACACAAGUCGUGAGUUACACGGCCGAUCAUAAGGGAUAUAGAGCCGACGUACAAUACGAAGAACAAGGAGACAAAUAUUAUAAUAGAAAUGAGUACGAAUCGUUACAACACGAACCGGAAACGCCGAGAAAACUACCGGAAAUAUUACCACAAACGUACAACAAUCAUCCGAUUAUUUUAUCCGAGAAAAUAAUACCGAUAACAAACGGACGCGAAUCCCUUCGACCUGAAUAUUUAUCAAAUCCAAUAAAUUUCACGCCAUUACAAAUUCGAUCUCAUAAUGGAGCCGUGAAAAUAUUGAUACAACCUCAUGGAAAUCAAUCGCCUAAUUACAAAUCUCAAUAUUCUCCCACGUUGCAAGUCACGGGAACUCCCGCGGGAACAUAUCAUCAACCAUCUUACGUUUCGUCAACUCUUCCUCCUCAACACAUAACACAACAGUACGUUUCUUUCGCUCCUUCCACGCAAAUUUACAAUUAUCAAAAUCUUCCCAUUCAUUCUUCGACAGCCGUACCUCAACAACAACACGAGUACCUGGUAACGCCGAGACCCAUUUACGGCAAUACCGGAACCAAAUAA